AUGUCGGACGAUCGUUUCCGCGAUGCAUUUCGACCGCGCGAGACAGAUACAAAGAGUAAGCCUAAGGUGCCGCAAGAGGAAGUGAACCCCAAUGUACCGAUGUACAUGGCACAGACGCCAUGGUACCUGAACACAGGGGGCAAUGCGUCGCUAGAGCACCAGCGGAAACCGCCCUCGGCCAAGGCAUCUGCUAGUAUCGAUGACUGGUAUCAGCGAGGCGCUGUGGUGGGUCCAGCUGCUAAGCGGUUUCGAAAGGGUGCCUGUGAGAACUGCGGAGCCAUGUCUCACAAAACGAGAGACUGUAUGGAGCGGCCACGCAAGAGGGGCGCAAAGUGGACCGGCAAAGAUAUUCGACCAGACGAAGUGGUUCAGAGCCUCGACGAUCUAGAAUACAAUUACGAUGCAAAGCGUGACCGGUGGAACGGGUACGAUCCGUACAGUCAUCUCGCCCUAAUGGAGCGCUACGAGGCCGUGGAGGAGGAGCGCCGCAAGAUUCGAGAAGAGGAAGAUGCAAGGGCUCGAUCUGAUACAAGCGCGGCGCAAGCGGCCAAGAAAGAGAAACGCGUACAGCGCGAUGACGACUUUGACAGCAGCGACAGUGAUGACGAUGACGACGACGAGAAAUACGCAGAUAAGGCCAGCAUGGUAGGCCAGAAGAUGGAUUCGGACAAACGCAUCACGAUUCGCAAUUUACGCAUACGCGAGGAUCGCGCCAAGUAUCUCUACAACCUGAACACUGAGUCCGCGCAUUACGACCCGAAGACGCGCUCUAUGCGUGAGGCACCGAAUCCGGGCAAUCCCCUGGACCUAGACCUGGAGAAUGAGACGUUCGAACACAGCCAAGGCGACCAUGUGAAUAUGCAAAAGAUGCAACUCUUCGCUUGGCAGGCGGAACAGCGGGGUGAUGCCAUAAUGAAUAUGCAGGCAAACCCCACUGUCCACGAGCGGCAGUACAAAGAAGCGAGCCUGAAGAAAGAGAGGGAAGCCAGCGAAGCAAGAUCCAGCAUUCUCGAGCGGUAUGGUGGGGCUGAACACCUUGAUACCCUGCCGCGCGAGCUCCGAGCGGGUCAGACAGAGGCCUAUGUGGAGUACAGUCGCACAGGCGAGGUGAUCCGUGGGCCAGAGCGCCCAAGGGUGCGCUCGCGCUACGAAGAAGAUGUGUACGAAAACAACCACACUAGUGUGUGGGGUUCCUGGUACGACAUGGCCCGAGGCGUUUGGGGCUAUGCGUGUUGUCACAACACCUUGCCACGCUCGUAUUGUACGGGGGAAGCCGGCAAAGAAGCGCAUUCUACAUCCUUGGGAACAUAA